AUGCCAACAGACGAAACCGAGCCUCUCGUCUCGCCGACGCGCGAGGAAGGGGACCCUACCGAGUCAUCGCCUCUUCUGGGCCGCGCCGAUGACGACCAUCACGCUGAUGCUGCGGAACAUGAUGGAGAAGACGAGACCUCAUCUCAAACUCAGUCGCGGGGCUGGAGUUUCUGGCCAAGACGCAACAAGAGUACUGGCACUAGAUCGGCCUGGCGAUGGCCUUCCAUCAUUGCCAUGGUCAUCCUUGGCAUCAUCGUCAUUCUCAUCAUAGUCCUCGGCUUUCUCGUCCCCCCAGCCGUCAAGGAGUACGCCGAGAAAGCUGCGGUUCUUGAACCCACCAACCUGUCCAUCGAGAAUAUCACUAGCGACGGCAUCCGAGCGCGUAUCCGUGCAAAGGUGUAUCUCGAUGGAUCGCGGGUCGACGACAAGAACUCUCGCCGCAUCGGGAAGGCAGUGACCGGUAUCAUGCGGAAACUAGAGACCAAGGAGACGACCGUGAACGUUUACCUACCCGACUAUGCUGAUGCUCUCGCUGGCACUGCUGUUAUUCCUCCUCUGGUGGUUGACAUUGUUAACGGCCACACCAACGAACUGGACUUUGUGGCAGAGGUCAAUCCUGGCGAUGCCGAACACAUUCGCAAGAUCGCGAAUGAUUGGUUAGAUGGAAAUCUGAACAAGUUGAAGGUGGUGGGCAAGACCAAGGUUCACCUUCAGUCCGGAGUUUUCCCACUUGGGUCUCAUGAUGUGGCAGAAUCUAUGGUUUUCGAAGCCAAUGAGAUCCCGAACAUGCCUGAAUACAACAUUGAACGCAUGGAUCUUCACGAUCGCCCGGUAGAUGGUCACGGACGAGAAGUCAUCGAGGCCGACGUAUCCCUGAAAGCCCACAACGACUACCCAGUCUCGUUCCAAGUACCGACUCUUGGUUUCGAGGUUUUGGUGCCCAACUGCGACUCAACAUUGCCGUCUAUCAGUGUUGCAGAAGCUGUCACGGACCCCAUUGACGUUGAUGCCAAAUCAGAUGUUAGAGCUGACGCCAAGGGAACCAUUCGUGAUAUCCCAGAAUCUCUAAUCAAAGCAUGCCCUCACUCCGAGUCAUCUCCCUUGGACAACUUUAUGGAUCGUUAUCUGCAUGGCGAAGAUGCCAAGGUCUUUGUGAGAGGAAAGAAGCUCAACGACACGAACACUCCGGAGUGGAUCUCAGAUAUCCUUGAAAGCAUCACGGUUCCUGUUGACUUCCCUGGACGGUCUUUUGAUAGUUUGAUUCGCAAUUUCUCCCUGAGCGACGUCGAUUUCAAGCUACCCGACCCUUUCGCCGACGUUAACGAUCCUGAUGGCGAGCCUAGGGUUUCGGGUACUGCACAAGUACUUGCAGCUCUCCCACCUGAGCUGAACGUGAACCUGGGUGUAGACAAGAUCCGUGCAAACGCUGAUCUGUUCUACAAGAAACGUAAAAUGGGCGAGUUGAACCUGCAACACUGGCAGGAUGCCAACUCAACACGGGUUCAGGACAAGGAGAACAACGAGACUUUGCUCAACAUCACAUCUCGACUGGUCGAUGUUCCUUUAAUAAUCACAGAUGGUGAUGCCUUCAGUGAGGUUAUGCAAAAGCUACUAUUUGGCGGCGGCGACCUCACACUCGACAUUAAGGCUGAAGUCGAUGUCAAGGUCAAAACUGUCCUUGGCAUCUUGACGGUAAAGAAGGUUCCCGCAGAGGGCAAGAUUCCAGUAAACGGAUUUCCCGGUAAUGCGCUCGGUAAACUCAACCCUCAGGUCAGCGAGAUCGAGGUUCUAGAAACAACAGAGACAAGUAUUCAGAUGAGAGCCCUUGUCAACCUCACAAACCCUACACCCUAUGCAGCUACUAUCCCUUACCUCAGCGUGCAUAUUCUUCAUGAUGGAAGGCUUCUUGGUGAAGCUAUAUCAAGAAAUGUGACCUUCAAUCUCGGAAAGAACACAAAUCUUCCUGUUCAUGCGACGUGGGACCCUCUGCAGUUCGGUGGCGAGAAGGCACAUGAAAUAGGCCGCAAACUCCUGUCAGACUAUGUAUCUGGUGAGAACACAACUUUGACAGCACGAACGCACAAGAAGAGCAUCCCAAACGUUCCUAUUAUAGGCAAAGCGUUGUCGAAGAUCAAUAUCACCCUUCCCGCGCCGCGAAUAACGGUCCCCGGCGAGGACGGGCACGAGGGUGAGAAGCCACGCUUUAUUGCAGACGCCACCUUCCACCUCUUUUCGUCGACAGCCAGUUUUACACUCCUUUCACCUCUAUUAUACAACACUUUAUACAUAGAACACAUCAACGCCACUGCUCUUUACAACCACACAGAACCCAUCGGCCAGAUUAUACACGACGAGCCGUUCCCAGCAACACCUGGACGUUCCCAGACUCCACGCCUCCCCGUAGAGUGGUCUCCUAGCCGCGUGGGCUAUGGCAAGCUCAAGGAAGCUCUAGGCGGCUCACUCAAGUUAGAUGCCAUAGCCAACGUCACUGUGAGGCUGGGCAGCUGGACUGAAACACUUCACUAUAGGGGUCAAGAAAUUGCAAAGAACACAAUCACCAUGCCUUCUCAAAACUCUACGAAGAACAGCACUGUCAAAAACGACAAUGCCAAAACCACCGACACUCUCACCCCCAAACCCUUGAAUCCCAGGCCAGUCAAGUCAACUAAGAAAUCAGAGUCGGCCCCUACCCUUAAUGAGACGGUCGAGGCUCUCAAGGAAGAGAUAGACCAGACGUUGAAGGAAAUGGAUGCCGUUUGGGAAGAGAUUGCCGUUGAGAACAAACAGCUCUACACGAUCCAGGAAUGGAUAUGA